AUGGAUGACUUAACUUUGAGCAGCUUAACAACUUUGAAUAACAUUAAUCUGAGUGAAAUAGAUUUUAAUGACGUAACGACUGUGAAUAACUUAACAAAUUUGUUAAAUAAUGUUCGUCAGUAUACCAAUCCACCGAUAAGAAAGAUGAAUGAAAAUAUGAAAGGCACUACGAUGUUUCACAUUAAUAGCCCAAAACGAUUUCUUAAUGCCU